AUGCCGACCAAAUCAGAUACUAUCGUCUCCCCCAAAGAGCCUCGGUACGACUUCUUCUUCUACGGGACUUUAUGCGUUCCUGCUGUGCUCGUGAGGGUUCUAGGACACAAAUGCGAUGACCUAACUUUUCAAGACGCACUUCUUCCAAAUUAUACUCGUCAUUGUGUCAAAGAUGAGUCUUAUCCCGCUAUUAUCGAUCGAGAAAACACGAAUACACUUGCAUCUCGAGGAGAUAUCUUGACAUCAGAAGAAGUCAACGUUCGAGGUACACUAGUGAAAGGCCUAACUUACGCCGACGUGAAUGCUUUGGACAUAUACGAAGGCAUUGAAUAUACCAGAGAAAAAGUGGUAAUACAAGCUCUGACUGCUCCAUCUUCUAUCCCUUCCCUCUCAAAGGCCAUAUCAGAUCCUACUUCCCGAGUUGCCUUGGAUAAUCUGGAAGCUGAAAAGACAGUCAAUAAAAUCAGACCAGGUGCAGGUACUCAAUCGACGUUUGGAAUUGCCAAAGAGAAAUUCCUGGACGCCAUAUCUGGUAGCGAUAAGGAAGAUGGAGAGGAUUCUCCUAAAGAGGUUGAAGGUGCUGUAGAUGUUGGUAUUACGGAAGCUUGGACUUAUAUCUGGUCUGAUUCACUGGAUAGGCUAGAGCCUAGUAUUUGGAGCUUUGAAUCGUAUAUGAAAGCCAAAGAAUCGGCUUGGAAAGACCUUCCAGAAGAUUACUUUAGCGAAGUAGAGCGUCAAAGAGCCUUGAAAGAAGAACCAGGAGCAUCUGGCGAGGGCGUUUCUAGUGCAGUAGGAAGCUUCGAUCCUCAUGCCGAUGGAGAAGAAUCAAAGAUCAUCGGUAGGACCGCUAAAGGAUAUCCUGACUUUGGAAGGGAAAUGAGAAAACACUGGGGUUUCAACAAGGAUUACGUCAACCUGAAUCACGGUUCAUAUGGUUCACCACCAAAAGUCGUGAUCGAAAAAAUGCGAACUCUUUCGGAUCAGAUCGAACAGAAUCCUGAUCUGUUCAUGAGACGAUCAUGGUUACCUAAACUUAAUAAAGUUCGACAAGAAGUAUCUGAAAUGAUUGGCGCUAGACUAGAAGAAGUGGUCAUGGUACCUAAUACAACUCAUGGUGUGAAUACUAUCUUGGCUAAUCUCGAGUGGGCGGAAGGGGACAUUAUCCUCAUUUAUUCAACAACUUAUGGUGCAGUUGGUCAAAUGGUCAAAUGUGUAUGCGACAGAAAUCCUCAGAUCAGAUUAGAAGUCAUCAACGAUAUCUUCCCUUGUACACACCAAGAGAUUCUCGACAAAACGAAUCAAGUUUUGGGUAAAUACAAUCAAAUUGCUAGACCAAACUAUACCGGUCAAAGUAAAGCCACUGGUAUUUCUGCGAACGAGAGAGUUAGAGCCGUGAUAGUGGAUGCUAUAGCUAGUAACCCGGGUGUUGUUUACCCCUGGGAGGAGAUCGUCCGAACCUGUAAAAAGUACGGUGCGAUGAGUAUAGUGGAUGCUGCACAUGCUAUCGGUCAAGUCGAGGUGGACCUCAAAAAGGCAGAUUGUGAUUUCUGGGUUUCUAAUUGUCACAAGUGGCUUCAUAGUCAUCGUGGUGGAGCAGUUCUCUAUGUCCCCAUUAGGAAUCAAUAUAUGAUGAGAUCUACUUUCCCUACUUCGGCAGGGUAUGAGUCCUCUAGGUAUCCUACAGAGGGAAUGAGUAGACCGUGGAGUUUCGUCGAGCAGUUUCAAUGGACAGGGACGACUGAUUGGACACCAUUGAUGUCUAUCACCGAUGCAUUGGAGUUCCGUCGGUCGAUCGGUGGUGAGAAGAGGAUUAUGCAAUAUUGUCAUACCCUUGCCAUACAAGGCGGAAAGAGACUCCGCAAGAGAUGGGGUACGGAGAUUAUGGAAAAUUCCAAAGGAGAAUUAACAGCUGCCAUGGUAAAUGUCCAACUGCCUCAUGUUCCCGAUCCAAAAGACUUGGAAGAUCAAUUCAAACAAUUGAGAUACAUGGAAGAUAAGUGCUUUGCGAAUAACACUUUCGCAGCUGCCUUUAGACACGGUGGUAAGUGGUGGGCUAGAUUUUCAGCCCAAGUAUGGAAUGAUCUGGGAGAUUUCGAUUAUGCAGCGGAUGUAUUGGAGAAGAUAUGCCUGGAAGUCAAACAAGGGAAAUAUCUUGACAAACCACUCGAUAGCGAUAUAGUAGAAGAAGAAUCUAGAGAAUUGCCUGCUGAAGCUUCGUGA